AUGGAAGCUCACAAUAUAGCUGUCGCCACCAUCGCGGCACAAGUUCACCAAUUCCACAAAAACCAACAACCCUUCCGCAUUUACCAUGGCUCCACGAACAGCACGCGACAAUCGCAACAUAGCGCGGCCAACACCAUCAACACCGCGAAUCUGAACCAUGUCCUGGCUGUUGACACAGACCGCAAGACAGUUCUGGUCGAGCCUAACGUCCCCAUGGACGAACUCGUCAAGGCCACUCUCCCUCACGGCCUUAUCCCGCUGGUCGUGAUGGAAUUCCCCGGUAUCACCGCAGGCGGCGGCUUCUCCGGAACGUCCGGCGAGAGCAGCUCCUUUCGACACGGAUUCUUCGAUGCGACGGUGAACCGGAUCGAGCUCGUCCUAGCUAACGGCGACAUUCGUACAGCUUCCCAAAAGGCUCCCGACGAGAAGGAACUCUUCUGGGCUGCGGCCUCAUCCUUUGGAACUCUCGGUGUCGUAACUAUGCUCGAGAUCCAAUGUCGCGAAGCAAAACCCUACGUCGAACUAACCUACCACUCCACCUCCAGCAUGUCCCAAGCGAUGACAGUCUUCCGUGAGGCCACUGCAUCCCCCAAAACCGAAUACCUGGACGGCAUCAUCUACGCCCCAGACCACAUCGUCGUCUGCGCCGGUCGCCUGGUCGACCUGCCCUCAAAUCAAACCCCCAUCCAACGCUUCGUACGCGCCCAAGACCCCUGGUUUUAUAUCCAUGCGCAGCGCCAAACUCGAAAAAUCCAUCGCCCGAACGCCGAACCCCCCGCCUCGGUCACCUACUACGCCCCCAUCCAAGAUUACCUCUUCCGGUACGACCGCGGUGCAUUCUGGACGGGUCGUUAUGCCUUCAGUUACUUCGUCACGCCUUUUAAUCGUAUCACCCGGUAUAUCCUCGAUACCUUUAUGCACACCCGAGUCAUGUACCACGCCUUACACGAGAGUGGGCUCUCGAAACAACACAUCAUCCAAGACGUGGCGGUGCCGUACAAAGCGACAGGAGAGUUUCUCACCUGGCUCGAUAACAAAGAGACCUUCGGCGCGUAUCCGAUCUGGUUGUGUCCGCUGCAUCAUUCGCAGGGGAUCAUGGCUCGCGGCGCCGAGGCGGGACCGCAUCAAUCUCAGAAGGAAGAGGACCCUGAGGAUGACGGGGACUGUCUGAUGAACUUUGGGCUGUGGGCGCCGUCCCCCCAUGCGUCGGAUACGGGAGCGUUCAUUGCGCAGAAUCGGCGGCUGGAACACAAGGUCAGGGAGUUGGGCGGGAAGAAGUGGCUGUAUGCCCAUGCGUACUAUACAGAGGAGUUUUGGUCGAUCUAUGAUCGGAAACGCUAUGAUGCGUUGCGGGAGAAGUAUCAUGCGGCGCAUUUGCCGGAUUUGUAUCAGAAGGUGCGGGUUAAUUUGAGUCCCAAAAGCGAUGGGGCCACCGAGGGAUGGAUCGGGUGGGCGAAGAGGAUGGCGUGGGAGACGUGGCCGGUGUGUGGGUUGUACGGAGUAUAUAAGGCUUGGAGAGGAGGUGACUACUAUCUGAUCAAAAGCAAGAAGGACUGA